AUGGUUCUCGACUGCCUCGAGGAUCGCAACUAUGCGGAUAUGUGUACUCCGUAUAACAACCUUAUUACCAUAUAUCCGACUAUUAACAAUACCGAAUUCCGCCUCGGACUCCUGAGUGACUUUCCCAGCCUUAAGGUCCUUGUUAUCGAUACAGUCCUAGUAUGGAGGAUCCGCAGGGACGAGGAGGAUCAGUCCGCGGAGGAGCUAUUCCAGCGGAUUACUGAUACUAUCCCGGAGUCCCUAGAGCUACUAUGUAUCCACUCUCCGUCUAGGGUUGCUAACCCUGAGCGUAUAACUCUCCUCGAGGUGGCGAAUAGCGUUCAGCAGGCUCUGAAGUAUCUCCUAUGGACCACCGAGUCGUCGUGUGGAAAGGAUGCCAUGGUUAUUUCACAGUCCGUGGAACGCUUGAUAUAA